AUGGGCUGGCCCCAACAAGGUGGAUCUGCAGGGCCACCAAACUUUGGUGGAGACCAAGGACAAAUGGGUUGGCCGUCGAAGCAGUGGGGUCAAGGUGAAACUUUAGGCGUGGAUUGCAGUGGAUCGGGUGAUCAAGGAGGGUGGGGCGGUGGUCAAGGCUUUACACCACCUGGUGGCGAUCAAGAAUGGGGCACACUGGGCGUUGAUUGCAGCGGUUCAAAUGAAGGAGGAUGGUCUCACCAAAGUUGGAAGCCUCCCAUCGGUGGCCAAGGAUGGUGGGGCGGAGGCCAAGGGUGGACACCUCCAGGUGGCCAAGGCGGGGAAACGCUCGGUGUGGAUUGCAGUGGCUCAACGGGAGGUGGGUGGGCCCCGCCGGGAGGUGACCAAGGUUGGGGGAAGGGAGGGUGGACGCCACCAAGUGGUGGAGAAGGACCCGGGUCCCCGGGUGUUGAAAAUAGCGGCUCCGGUGCGGGUGGGCCACCUCCAGAGACUAGUUUCAGCCUCCCCGGAUCAAGCGGUGGGGGUGGAAUGCCAGGUCCAGCGGGAGGCUCAUCGCUUCCUGGGGCAUCCAUGAUGUCGAGUAACACUGGUGAUCAGGGUGAUUCGACGACAGAGGUUUCUAGUGGUAACGGGGGAGGAGAUACAACGACAGCUGAGACUUCUGGAGUGUCCAGCAGCGCGGAAGAUCAGGUCGCACAGACCUCCAUGACGGAUACUACGUCAAGCGCCGAAGCGCCAACGGAGUCAAGCACCGGCGCAGACGUAGAUCGGAAAAGAUCGUUGAGAUCCUGAACAAUAAGUAUGGAUCGCUGUGUAAAGAGUUACCAUACGUGGUGAACAAAGUAUGUUGAGUAGCGUUGGAAAGCUUGGGCAUUUAUGACCUAAGUCGAUGUUAGUAGAUAAAACAGUUCAUGUAAAACGCA